UCACCACAUUCUUACGUGUCCUCUUCUCUUCACUCCAAAUCUCCUUUUUACUACAAAUCUAAAUCUUUCAGUCCCCUUUAUAUGUAUGCAUGUUCUGUUAUUACAACAACAUAAGUAUCCCUUAUACCCUUUCUGUGUUGUCUUUGUUUCUGUUUAUAGACUCUUUGCUCUUCAACUAGAUCAUCAAUCGGUAUGGCUGCGACCGUGGACAGGCGUAUGCAUGCCGACCAAGGUGACAAACGUAUUCAUCUACAGCCGAGCUAUACGGAUGAUGUCGGUUAUGGUUAUGGUUAUGGUUAUGGUGCUGAUUACAAGAGUAGCGGCCCCUCCAGUAACCAGGUCGUGGCACUUAUAGCAGGAGUCCCCAUUGGUGGCUCACUGCUAGCCCUCGCUGGGAUCACCCUGGCCGGCUCGGUGAUAGGUUUGUUGCUCUCCAUUCCUCUCUUCCUCCUCUUCAGCCCGGUGAUCGUCCCAGCAGCUAUAACCAUUGGGCUUGCUGUUACCGGAAUCUUGGCCUCUGGGUUGUUUGGGCUGACGGGUCUAAGCUCGGUGUCAUGGGUCCUAAACUACAUCCGUGGGACGAGUGAGUCUGUCCCGGAACAAUUGGACUAUGCUAAACGGCGUGUGGCUGACGCGGUAGGCUACGCUGGUCAGAAGGGAAAAGAGGCGGGCCAGUAUGUGCAAGAUAGGGCCCAUGAAGCCCAUGAUACCAGUCUGACCGCUGAGGUGAAUGUCACUGAGCCGGGUCAGCAGCAGGGUGGUAAGGCAAGGAGGGCGCACAUUUCAUAAAUUUGUGGGCUUCUGUUGGAAAGGCAAUAAUGUAAUUUUACUCUUUAUGUCCCCGUUUCUUCCUUCUAGACUAUAUUUUGUCAAUAUGUUGUGUACGUUCCCUUUUCUCGUGUUCAAAUAAAAACACCACCCUGUGAGUGAAAUAAGAAGCGAAAUAAAACUUUUUUUCUUUUUUCGAGAUAACUAGAAUUUUGAUUACUCUUUGGUGUUUAUUUUAAAACAACGUUUAAAGUGUGUUAAAAAAACUAAUAAUGAAAGUCCACACUCCAUAGAU